CUUCAUUCAUCCCUUUCCCUUCACACCUCAAUCCCAUCUUCCUUCUGUACAUCUAACCUUCUCAUCCCUUUCCUUCCUUACAGCAUGGCUAUCCGCACAUCGAUGGGGCCUACAGCCCGCCUGUUCUCUAAUAGAGCCUCCGUCCCCGCAUCUCAGUGGCACAGGCACUUUAGUGCAGCUCGUCCAGUGUUCAAGGAGAUCCAAGACGCCUAUAUUCUCAGUGGUGCCCGUACUCCCACUGCAAAGUUCAACGGCUCUUUCGCCUCCGUUUCUGCCCCUGAGCUGGGCGCAACGGCCAUCAAGUCUGCCGUGGGCAAAUCGAAUGUCCCCGUCGACAAAAUCACAGAUGUAUACAUGGGCAAUGUACUUCAAGGGUCGGUCGGACAGGCCCCCGCUCGACAGGCCUCGAUCUUCGCCGGUCUAUCUCCCACCGUGGAAGCUUUGACUGUGAACAAAGUCUGCGCGUCUGGUCUGAAGGCUGUCGCAUUGGCCGCACAGAACAUUCAACUCGGUUUGGCAGAGGCCCAGAUCGCUGGUGGAAUGGAGAACAUGUCUCGGGUACCUUACUAUCUCCCCCGGGCCGGCCAGCUGCCUCCGUUCGGCGAUCUGAAGCUAGAGGAUGGUUUGGUCAAGGACGGACUCUGGGAUGUCUACAACAAGUUCCACAUGGGUAUCUGUGCCGAGACCACAGCCAAGAAGUACGAGAUCUCCCGUGAAGCCCAGGAUCAGUAUGCGAUUCGGUCGUACGAGAGGGCGCAGAAGGCGUGGGCGGAGAACAAGUUCGCCGAUGAAAUCGUGUCGGUCACCGUCAAGGGUAAGAAGGGCGACACCGUGGUCGAGCGCGAUGAGGGGUAUGAGAACCUCCGUGCCGACAAGAUGGCGACUUUGAAGCCUGCCUUCCUCAGAGACGGCACUGGUACUGUGACGGCCGGUAAUGCUUCGACCAUGAACGACGGAGCUUCGGCCCUGGUCAUCACCAGCAAGGACAUUGCUCGUGAAUUCGGUCAAGGCAACCGUGCCUUGGCGCGCAUUGUCUCCUCUGCCGAUGCUGCCAUCGACCCCGUGGACUUCCCCGUUGCCCCCGCCAAGGCUGUCCCUAUUGCCCUUGAGCGGGCCGGAAUCACCAAGGAGCAGGUUGCCGUGUGGGAAUUCAACGAGGCCUUUGCCGCCGUGAUCAAGGCCAACGAGAAGAUCUUGGGUCUUGAGAACGCGCGCGUCAACCCUCUCGGAGGUGCCAUUUCUCUGGGGCAUGCCCUUGGCAGCUCCGGAUCCCGCAUUCUGGUAACCCUUCUGCACCAACUGCAGCCCGGCGAGUACGGCGUUGCUGCCAUCUGCAACGGCGGUGGUGCUGCCAGCGCGAUGGUUGUCCAGAAGUUGGACAAGGUCGAGUAAACAGAACGCUUUAUGAGCAACUAUAUAGUUCCCUCGGUAUGCCGCGCUUGUUUUACUCUGUUUACCCUCACUCCCGAGCCUUUCUAUUGCUUCUCAUCUUCGCCUCACUCCUGGCCAAAAGCAGCCACACGUACCUUAUACCCGUCUAGCGCUGUCAAAAUAUCAUGCAUGUAUAUAACCCUCAAAUUACGAAAUUCCAGUUUUUCCAAU